AUGUUUCAUUUCACAGCAGGUUCGUUGAAGAACUUGAACUCGUGGUAUGCCAAGGGCACCAUGCGGGGCGGGGUGCCACGCAUUUAUUACGCGUGGAUGCGCCCCGGAAGCUUUACGCGCCGCCGCUUCGAAAAGAUGCGAAAUCCAUUUGUGGAUUUGGAGACGGGAACAUCCCUCUACUUUCGUGACACCCGUGACUCAGCGGAGGCGGUGGCACAUAACGCGGAUGCCAAAGGCCUGAAGGGCAUGGACAACGCCAUUGACUUGUACAAUGAGUACCGGAUUGUGCCGGAUCUUUACCCUGAGGGCUUUCAAUGGAAACACAAACUCAACACGGAGUAUAAUCAGUGGCGCUCAAACACGUGGUUGACGCCCGAGUUGAUUCCGCAAGAACAUCGCGGGCGAUUUCUUUGUAAUUUUCAGUUAAACAUUGUUGCAUAUGACAUGCGCGUUGUGAAGUUUAGCCCCAAGGAUCACCGACAGUGGAUCUACUGCGUAUUGUACGUGGGAAGUGGCAAAGGAAUAGCGGGAUGGGGACGCGCUGUGGCGCCGAGUACGCAGGAGGCGAAGAAGGAAGCUAUACGGGAGGCCUUCUCUAAUAUUAUUGCGGUGGAUUUGGAACAGGAGGGCCCCAUGUAUCCGGUGCGUGUCAACGCUGAUGGUGUGCGUGUGCUUCUCUACCCUGCCAAGCGUAUUGUGGCCAACUUUCGUGUUGCUGAUAUUCUUUGUGCGUUUGGGUUUCAGCACGCGGGGUGUCGGAUCAAUUUAAAGGCGACAAACAACCCCAAGUCUCCAACGCACACAGUUGAAGGCGUUUUUGAGGCCGUCAAGGCACUUCGUAGCGUCAGUGAGAUUGCGGCGAGCCGUGGCAAGGUGCCGCACUCUCUCAUCUACAACAUUUACCCCUACUUGGAAGAGAUACGUCGUCGCAAGGGCAUGAUGGCGAUGCAUCCACCAGGCAAGGACGGUUUACUUAUGCCGGACCGUGUGGUGGACAACCGACUCCCCGACCAUCUGAAGAAAGGCUACUACGACGAUGUGUACUGGAAGGACUUUUUUGCCGGCAGUAAGGAACACCUGAAUGAGCCAAAGAUGGGGCUUCGCGGGGAUGAGAUGCGACAACGGUUAGAGGCUGCGCAGUCCCGCCGGAUCCCCUCAACACCAGUCAGCGGACGGCGGACUCUGGAAGACGUGCUCAAACGAUUAGGGAAAACUACAAAGGACCUGGGAUCCCUUCCGAUUGUGAAUCCGAGGCUUGACGUCAAGCUCCCAACGCACAUCAAGCGCAACUACUCACUUCACUGA